UUAUACGAAAAAGCAUCUUACUUUUCCUUCUUAACGAGCUAAAGAAAUCGCCAUCACCCUUCACCCAUAAAAAUUUUCCCGAGAAAAUUCUCAACAGAAGUCCUAAUUUUCUCGGGAAAAUUUUCAAAUGGGGAAGACCGGCCUGUUCGAUCUCGAAAAGCACUUUGCUUUCUACGGAGCUUACCACAGCAACCCAGUCAACAUAGCGAUUCACAUGCUCUUCGUCUGGCCAAUACUUUUCACCUUUCUGCUCAUCUUCUACUUCACGCCCUCGCUGCUGGGUUUUGCGGUUUCGGUGUUUGGGAACGACGUCGCUAUUCCUUUCAACAUCGGCUUGCUGUUGACUAUAAUCUAUUCGGUGUUCUACAUCUGUUUGGACGCAAAAGCUGGCUCCUUGGGUGCUCUGCUCUGUGUAAUUUGUUGGGUUGGUAGCUGUUUCCUUGGAACCCUACUCGGAUUUUCCAUCUCUUGGAAGGUUGUUCUUGUGACUCAGAUUGUGUGUUGGACUGGACAAUUUAUUGGCCAUGGGGCCUUUGAGAAAAGGGCACCAGCUUUGUUGGACAAUCUAGCACAGGCCUUUAUAAUGGCUCCCUUCUUUGUUCUGUUGGAGGCUCUGCAAAUGUUCUUCGGCUACGAGCCCUACCCCGGGUUUCAAGCAAUUGUUCAGGCAAAGAUUGAUGCUGAAAUCAGUGAAUGGCAAGAGAAGAAGAAGAAACUGAUAUCCUAAUCUGUAAUUGGAUUUACUUUCACUGUAAUAUCUGGGAGUGGUUAAAGUAAUUUGAAAGUUUUUAUCUGGUAUAUAGUGUAAACAUGUGACUUGGAAGCUUUGAGAUAUAUAUAGCACAUGAACUUUUGGGAAGGACAUUUAAUGGGAAGCUAUUUAUGUCAGUUGCGACAUGAUGUAUUCAAAUAAAAUUAAGUUCUCCCUUU